AUGUUAUAUAUAGAGAAUAGAGUGGAGACAGAGAAAUGUUUAACUCAUUUAAAUAUUGAUUUGGAGUCAGAGCCAGAAUCCAAUCUAUUUCUCGAAGACAUCGACAAAUCGGAUUCAGAACCCAUUGAUUCUCAAACUGAUCUCAAAUAUUUCGCUUUUGUUCACCCCUUGAGUUCAGUCUCCGUGAGAGCCAAUUACGGGCCCUUAACUGUGAGACAGACGGUAUACCCUUCCUAUUGGACCGACUCUUCCCUCAGUCUUAAGAGGAAUGACUCAUACAAUGCGAAUUCAAUACAUAGUAAUUCUCAAGUGAAGGCACCGGCGCUUAACGGAGAGCUUUCCGCACACUUAGUCACGCGAGAGGUUCGUCGCAGCGCUCCUGUACUCCGAGUCCUCUUCUAUGCCAAACACACAUCAGAUUAUACUCACAGAACUCCCAAUGACUUCAUCGACAAAACCAUUUGCGCCGCUAUUGUUGUUCAGUACCAUAAGGAGAGACUCUUCGGCACCUGUAGUCCCAGUAAGUCGAGGGAAGGCGCCUGUCUGGCAGAGGUGACCAUUCCUGUCGCCUAUUGGCCAUCCAUUGACACGAAUGGAUUGUCACCGAAGGAACAGAAGACAUCCAAUGUUAAAGUGUAUUACGCGGUCACACACGCAGAACACUGCUCUGAAUCUUCAUUCAUCACCACAACUGAUUCCAAUCCAUUAAUACUCAAUUACUUAUCCGAUGUAUCAUUAGUUCCAUUCCGCGGCAGCUAUGAAGAGGUCACUAAUGAUAAUGUGGUGACAAUUCUGAUACCACAAGAACCAGUUUAUCCAAACUCUAAAAUCUAUAUUCCAGUCAAAUUCACAUACAAUCCCGAGUAUCCGAUCGCGGCUUUCAGUUUGAGAAUUCGGGUCAAAAGUGGUGUCCGAAUACUCGGCGCCCAAUUGUCUCAUCCAAACAGGUUAUGGCAGUUAAGCACUGAAGUCAGUCCCAAACAAACCACAGCCACUGUUACGGCCUUUUUGCGCGACUUUGAUGUACAACAAGACAGCGAUUCAGUGCCCGACGAGUUAUUGGAGACGCCUUCACAAGAGGUUUACUCAUGGCUUAUAGAGAUCGACGAAGACAUCGAUAUCAAUGACGGCGGAAGAAUUGUGUGGCAACUCUUAUACGUGACGGAGAGCUCUAUCGCAGUCAAACAGGACUUUGAUAAGGAAUCGGCAAAACUAUCGUCUCGUCUCGACAUACAAAAGGACAACGUAUUGGAUGUGUUGGCGAUCACUAAAUCUCGACAACUGUUAAACACAGCGCUUCUAACGGGACGACAGGUUUCGCAGGCAAUGCGAAUAUAUAUGGUGUCGUCCGCCGGACGUAUCAGUGAUAUAACACUUCAGUCUUCGUGUCACGCGGCGGACGAAUCCAUACUGAAAGUGUCGCCUUCGUGUACAUCAGUCUAUUUGGAUGGAAGUGAAGUGAGAGGCGACCAAAACGCCACGAUUCUCAUCAAAUAUGGCGGCGCUUCCUAUCAGAAGAAUUUUGUCGUUUGGAGACCAGAACUGCCGAUUGAUAUCAGAGUAGACGACAACAAAUUGAGUCAAAUUAAGAGUUGGAAAACUCAGUUAAAACGCAAACAUAAUUCCUAUGUUAUCGACGAAGAGUCCCAACAGUCUGUUGGCGACGAAGCGAGUGAUACAAAGACCGGCAAAAUCAAUGAAUUGACAGAUAAUGAUCACAAUUACAUUCCCUGUCGACUCCGUUUCCAACAAACCAAAGUAGAACUCUAUACCAAAUUCUUCAGCACUGACCACAACUCCGGCAGAGAGGCAUCGCUUCUCAAUCGCAGAAUAUCCAUAAGAAUCACGAAUCUGUUGAUGCCUUACAUUCGUGUUACGGAUCCCAAGAUACUGGCCCUCAAAGCCAACAUCAUUGAAGGGCUUAGUGUCGGGCGCUCUGAAGUGCAGGUCAUAUCUCCAAUCACUGGUCAAUUGAUGGGCUCUAAAGAGGUUCGCGUGACCGCCGAUAAGGAGACAAUCACUCACAUGGAUGUGAAGGUUGUGACGGGUUUGGAACUGGAGGUGAAACCAUACCCACCCCUAAGCAACAUCUGGAUGGCAAAGACCACUCUCUUGGAUAAGUUGACGACUCAAUAUCAGGAGGCAUUGCUCGACAUUAAACUCCACUUCUCUGACGCUUCUUAUAUUGAUCUGUCGGAUGUCUCGCCUUCCGAUUAUAACCUAUCCAUUGAUACAUUCGAUGGUGCCGUAGCCCUCGCACCCAAUACCGGUCUCUACCCUCGAGUUAUAGCGAUAGGUCCCGGAAGGGGACAACUGUUGCACUUGUCGUUUGAAGUGUGCAAUUCGUGUCAACGAAAACGGACUCAACCCCUGGCGCUAAAGUACGUGAACGUAAACGUGGACUUCACGACAUCCAGCCUUCAAAACGAUGCUUUCAAUUAUCGCAAAAAUACAGUGAAUGGGAGUCAGAGUCCGAGCGCUGAUCUGCAAUAUUUGAGUAGCAAAGAGAAAGUGACUACAAAUGAAUUCGUAGUGAUUGGCAAACAAAGUAUCCGUAAAUCGAGUAUAAAUAUGGGUAAUCUUGAAGUCGGUAUUUACAGCUUCUUUGCCAUCUUUGGCAUUGCUAUCAUAAUUGUCGGCGUUUUGUAUAAAAUGUUUGGACCCGUGAAGACACCUCCAGAACCGGUCACCACAACACGUAUAGCACCCAUCACUUCAAGCAAUAGACCGAUUGUGGCGAACGCUAACGAAUGGGUUUGGUUAGGGAGGGCUACACUCGAGAGGAACUCUGUCGCCACUAAAAGACAUACAUUAAUCCCUCAAAAAGACUUUAACGGAAAUGUCUCGGAAAACGACAGAAGAACCAAUCGUUUGAGUGCUAUUUCAUAUCCCGGUUCUGAGAUAAGCAUAAGAAUCACAUCAAAUCCAAAUCCUGUUGAAGAAGGCGACGACAUCGAUGAGGUCGACGUUCAUAGUCCGCAACCAUUGAUAUCUAACAGAACCACAUCUAAACCGAAACACUUACCAAUGGGUGCGCCGCCCAUACCUGAGCGCAAAUCCAGAUCAACUCAAAACAAGUUCACCACUUAUUCAAAGCCUCCGCCGAUUCCUCCGCACCGGAGCUCAAGAAAUCUGAAUGAGAUGAGAGGGGUGUCCGUUAGGGCCCGACCCCCGCCAGUGCCACCCCAUCGAGACAUUGGGUCAGCCAAACGGUGGAGUAAUCCUCCGGUUAUGGCUCAGAAUCUAAGGGUAGAAUUGCCUCCAAAUAAACACAAGAAAUGCAAUCUCAAUGAGAAUAAAGACAAUUUAGAUUACAAUCAAUUACAGGAAUAUUUCGAUAGUCUUAAAGAGUCUAACGCUUGAUAAACACUUCGAGACAUUAUAUUUCUCAAUAUAUUUCAGUGCCAUUUGUUUAUUAAAUAUUUAGGUUUAUUUGAUAUCUAAUUCUUAACGCAG